ACACAUUUGUCCUGAUAGUCAUUUAGCUGAAGGACUGCUUCCCUCCUCUGCUCUCGCUGGGAUAAAUGCCUGAGGAUUAGGGUGGCAGGGAGGCUGGACUCGAGGACCCGUGGAUUGGGAUUGAGGAUUGUGAAAAUCGGUCAAGGCUUCUUUAUUUUCUCUCUGUGGGAAACUUAAGACUGGACAUCAAGAAAUGGAGUAAAUUCACUGCGUCUGAGGCAGACCUGUGGGUUCCGGAGCUGCAGCGCCGUUGGUGUGAGAACGAAACACUGACUCAAUUUUCGGGGCCGCGCUGGUUCUACAGAGACGGGAACUUUCUCUGUGCCCGAUGACCUCAGCCCGGAGGAGCGACAGGAGCUGGAGAGCAUCCGCCGCAGAAAACAGGAGCUGCUGCUGGACAUACAACGGCUGAAGGAUGAGAUAGCAGAGGUGACCAGUGAGAUUGAAAGCCUGGGCCUGACUGAAGAGAGGAAAAGCAUGCAGAGGAAUAAACAGAUGGCCAUGGGCCGGAAAAAGUUCAACAUGGAUCCCACAAAGGGGAUUCGCUUCCUGAUAGACAGCUCCCUGCUAAAAAACACCAGCGACGACAUCGCCCAGUUUCUCUACAAGGGAGAGGGGCUCAAUAAGACGGCCAUCGGAGACUACCUGGGGGAGCGAGACGACUUCAACAUCGAGGUCCUGCACGCCUUCCUGGAGCUGCACGAGUUCACAGACCUGAACCUGGUCCAGGCGCUCAGGCAGUUCCUGUGGAGCUUCAGGCUGCCCGGCGAGGCCCAGAAGAUCGACCGCAUGAUGGAGGCGUUCGCCCAGCGCUACUGCCACUGCAACCCCGGGGUCUUCCAGAGCACAGACACCUGUUACGUGCUGUCAUUCGCCGUGAUCAUGCUGAACACCAGCCUACACAACCCCAACGUGAAGGACAAGCCGUCCGUUCAGAGAUUCACGGCGAUGAACCGAGGAAUCAACGACGGCGGAGACCUGCCGGAGGACCUGCUCAGGAACCUGUACGACAGCAUCAAGAACGAACCCUUUAAGAUCCCAGAGGACGACGGGAACGACCUCACACACACCUUCUUCAACCCCGACAGGGAAGGCUGGCUGCUCAAACUCGGAGGCGGGCGGGUGAAGACCUGGAAGCGGCGCUGGUUCAUCCUCACCGACAACUGCCUCUACUACUUCGAGUACACCACUGACAAGGAGCCCAGAGGGAUUAUUCCACUGGAAAAUCUGAGCAUCCGAGAAGUGGAGGACUCCAAGAAGCCGAACUGCUUCGAGCUCUUCAUCCCCAACCACAAAGAUCAGGUGAUCAAAGCCUGCAAGACGGAGGCGGACGGCCGCGUGGUGGAGGGGAACCACACCUUCUACCGGAUCUCCGCCCCCACCGCCGAGGAGAAGGACGAGUGGAUCAACAGCAUCAAAGCGGCCAUCAGCAAAGAUCCCUUCUAUGAGAUGCUGGCGGCCCGGAAGAAGAAGGUGUCGUCCAUGAAGGGACUGUAGAGCCGCUGGAACACCAACCUGGAAGCUUGAAGCUCCGGCUCUGCCUGAGGGACACUGAGACCUGGUUGUAAAGAGGCUCCUCCCCUUUCUGCAGGUUUGACCUCACGCUGCAUCUCAAGAUGAAAGUAUUCACUCUUCUCUCUCGUUAAAUGUUACUUCGAUGCAGUACUGUAACAGCUUUGAGCCCUCUGGGCAGGACGAUUCUGGAAAUCUCCCGCAGUGUGUCAGAGGGACUGGAGUCCGUCAACACGGGCCUCAAACCCACAGCCUGUCAAAGUGUAAAUUAUGAAGGAUCGUUAAAGUGACUUUCUCUCCAGAUUGUGGCCACGUUUCUUGAAGGAUGCGUUCUGACGGGGCAGGUUUGGUUUAUCGACACAUAGCAUCUCUCCGUCGGUGCUUCACUUCUUCAAGGCUCAACAUUUCAAGUAAAAACGCGUCUUUUUUUUUUUGUUUCCGUUUGACGUCCGAAAUCAAAGACUGUGCAGGAGUUGGUCCACCGAUCCACCUCAUUCUGAGGCUGCUUCGGCUCCUUGAUGCAUUUCAGAAGCUGUCAGACUCCCCAGCUGGUAUAAAUGACUCCACAUCCUCCUGCAGCUUCUCUCUGGAAGGUUUAAAGAUUGAACAAUACCGUGCAGACAGUUUCAGGCUGAAGUGACAAAAUGACAUUCAACCAUUACGUAUGACUGUGUGUGAUUGAUCCUCUCAAAAAUAAUCUAUUAUAUAGAGAUUGUAAUUUUUAGGAUUCCUAAAUCAUCUUUCUCCCCAAAGCACAUGAAGAUUAUUAAUUAGCCGGAGAGCAAAUCUGGAUGAAAUGCCAUUUCUGAAACCUUUGCACGGUACUGUCCAGCAUCCUGUACCUGCCUUUUUUUUUUCUUUUUUACAGUGUAAGAAACGAUCACCAUCUUGUAUUAAUCCAUCCAGUUUCUCCUGUUUCCAGAGUUCAUCUCAUCAGUCCUUCAACGUUCAGUUCGUUCAUAUAUUAGUUUUUUCUUUCAAAAUGAAGGUAAUGCAUAGUUAAAAUAUUUAUUUAUCCAGAUUUUCUGUAAUUUAUUGGUUGUUUUGUCUCAUUAAAAAGCUUGAAAGCCGCUGCUUUGGUUUUCAUUGGAGAUGAAUUUGCGUCUCAUCAUGACUUGGCUUUCUUUGUCACGUGUGGAAAAGAACAACUAAACCCGUUAUGAAGCUUUGCUGUUUGGAAACAGUUCAAAGACAUGUCGAGCUCUCGAAACCAUAAAAAUGUAAACAGCGCUCAUGACGACUUGUUUUACGUAUUGUACUGGGAGAUUUUUUUUAAGUACCUGUUGUAAAAUGCCUGUGUGAGACUUUCACUGGGUGUUGCUGUGAAAACAAUGAGUCACACUCUGGCAUGGCGUUAUCAAAGCCAUCAGCGAAAAGAGAUCACCCACUCCACGCCUGAUGUUUCCAGCAAGUGUUUUUCACACCACUUGGAAACCGAUUAAAAAAAUAAAUAAAAAAUCUGCCACUGCUUUGAGGAAAUGAGAUCAAUCAGAUGACAGCUCGACGAUCAUCAGUCCUGCUGAAGACUGUCCAAGUUCAAACUUUUUUUUUCUAUUGCCUCUAUUCUGGACAGUUUGGCUUUUAAUGUGUUUGAAGAUAGGGACCAAACCUGUGCAGUACGGUUAAAAAGUCACUCCUUUAAUUUACAAAGUUAACGCGGGGCGGCCUGUACAGUUGGCAGAGCUGUAAACACUCCUCCAGGGACUGUCCUGCUUCUCUCCACCUUCACAGUGUCCAUUUCAUCCCCACCUCCCAUUUUAUUUAGUCACGCAUGCAACAAGGAGCAGUGGAGGUGUUGAUUUUUUUUUUUUUUUUUUUAAACGCUUGUAGUCGGUGACGCUACAAACCGUGAAAUCCAGUGCGAUGAUGUCGGGUGUUAGAAGACAAACGGUUAUGACUGAAGACAAGAGGGUUCCAGUUUUCGGCGCAGAGUCCGUUCUGGCGGCGCCGGAGACGACGUGGAGUCCCGGCGUGCCGCUCGCGCUCCGGCUGGAGCGAUCCGACCUCCCGAGGCCUCGACCUGAGACGAGCUGCUGUCUCCUGCGAACAGAGACACGGCUGGUUAAUAAGAGACUCCCGAUACCGACGCUCCUGCUGGCAGAGAUCGGCCUCGCCACUAGAGGGCGGCCAUGCGCCUGACGAGUGAGAACCGUGACACCGUCUGACCCCGAGUCUGUCCUCCUCCUAACAAUAGUCGAUCCUGAUAAAACCUUUUCUGCUACCGGGGAUCUGGCAGAGCGUCUUGUGUUUUUUCCUGUCGGAGGACAGACGUGACGAGGAGAACAGAUCCCCGGCUGCUCCGCAUUUCAAACAGAUUUACAGAAAUACUGAAGCAACAAAAAUGCUUUCUAUUUAUUUAUACUUUCAUUUUAUUCAUGUCAAUUGUGACUAUGUCCUCUGGGAUGAAAUAUUUUUAGAUUUUAUUAAAUUCUAAGCUUGAA